AGGACUGCAACAGCCGCGGGACCUUAGGGGUGGCUGAGUUAUCCGCAGUGUCGGGCCGGUUCUUCUCGUGCUCCGUUCGGUCCUGGAAGCACCAUGGAGCGGGGCCCGGAGCAAGAGGCUGAGGCGCCAGAUCCGGUCCCGGCGGUCUCCUCCAGCUCGGGGUCGCGGUUGCCGGGAGGCUUCGGUUCCGCAGAAGCCUUGGUGGCGCUGGGCGCGAUCGGACGGCGGUUGCUGUGGCUGCUCCCCGUGUAUCUGGCCGGCCGGGCGGGGCUCAGCGUGGGCUUCGUGGUAGCCGGCGUGGCCCUUUACAUGGGCUGGCGGAGCCGGCGGCAGGGCAAGGAGCGAUCGUUGCAGGCGGCUGAAUUGCUCCUGGGCGAUGAAGAGGUGACAAUGAAGAGCGCCACGGGUCUGGGCCGAAGCCUCGGUCAGAGCGAGCUGCCCGCCUGGGUCAGUUUUCCAGACGUUGAGAAAGCCGAAUGGCUCAAUAAGAUUCUGGCCCAAGCUUGGCCCUUCUUUGGUCAGUACAUGGAGAAGCUCCUGGUGGAAAAUAUUGCCCCAAGUAUACGGGCUUCUAACACCCACUUGCAGACCUUCACCUUCAGCAAGAUUGACAUGGGAGAAAAGCCCCUCAAAAUCAUUGGAGUCAAAGUUCACACAGGCUUGAACAAGAAGCAAAUCUUGCUGGACUUAAACAUUAGCUAUGUGGGCGAUGUCCAGAUUGACGUGGAAGUGAAGAAAUUUUUCUGCAAGGCUGGAGUGAAAGGCAUGCAGCUACAUGGCAUGCUGCGAGUCAUUCUGGAGCCCCUCAUUGGCGAUGUCCCAAUCGUAGCAGCACUUACCAUGUUCUUCAUUCGCCGCCCAACUCUGGAUAUUAAUUGGACUGGAAUGACCAAUCUGUUGGACAUCCCUGGACUGAGCUCGCUGUCGGACACAAUGAUCAUGGACUCCAUUGCCUCUUUCUUGGUUCUCCCCAACCGCUUGCUCAUCCCAUUGGUUCCUAAUCUCCAUGAAGCAGCUCAGCUCCGUUCCCCAAUUCCCAGAGGCGUUGUCCGUGUGUAUCUAAUGGAGGCUAAGAAUCUGCAGUCCAAGGAUAAGUACAUCAAAGGCAUGAUUGAGGGCAAGUCAGACCCAUAUGCCAUUGUGCGUGUGGGAACCCAGGUCUUCACCAGCAAAGUCAUUGAUGAAGACCUCAAUCCCAAGUGGAAUGAGAUGUAUGAGUUUAUUGUACAUGAGGUACCAGGGCAGGAACUGGAGGUGGAACUGUUUGACAAAGACCCUGAUCAGGAUGACUUCUUGGGCAGGAUGAAGCUGGACUUUGGGGAGGUGUUCAGGGCUCGUGUGUUAGAGGAGUGGUUCCCAUUACAAGAUGGAGGCCAGUCUCGCGUGCUUUUACGUCUGGAGUGGCACACGCUCAUGUCAGACGGUUCCAAGUUGGAUCAGGUUCUUCAGUGGAACAAAACCAUCUCCUCAAAGCCAGAUCCUCCGUCAGCAGCCAUCUUGGUUGUGUAUUUAGACAGAGCACAAGAAUUACCACUGAAGAAAUCUACUAGGGAGCCCAAUCCUGUGGUCCAGCUAUCCAUUCAAGAUGUCACUCGGGAGAGCCGGGUUGUCUAUAACACUGUCUCCCCUGUCUGGGAUGAUGCUUUCCGCUUUUUCCUGCAAGAUCCAACUGUCGAGGACAUUGACAUACAGGUCAACGAUGACAAUCGCCAGACCACUCUGGGCUCCCUCACAAUCCACUUGUCCCGCCUUUUAACUGCUGAUAAUCUGACCCUGGACCAGUGGUUCCAGCUGGAGAACUCUGGACCCAACAGCCGCAUCUACAUGAAACUCAUUAUGCGGGUAUUAUAUCUGGAUGCCCCUGAAGUCUGCUUCAAUACCCGACCAUGUCCACCAGGACAUCUGAAUGUCACAGAGAAUCCCCAUCUUGGUAGCAGCGUCGAUAUGCCUUCUCGGCCCACCAAGGCCAGCCCAGAUGCUGCUUUUGGCACUGAGAGUGUAAUUCGCAUUCACUUGCUGGAAGCGGAGAACCUAAUCGCCAAGGAUAAUUUCAUGGGCGGGAUGAUUAAGGGCAAGUCAGACCCUUAUGUCAAAGUGCGCUUGGGAGGCCAGAAGUUUCGCAGCCGAGUCAUCAAGGAAGACCUCAACCCUCGCUGGAGCGAGAUCUAUGAGGUCAUUGUGAGCAACAUCCCAGGACAGGAGGUAGAGUUCGACUUGUACGAUAAAGAUGUUGACAGAGAUGAUUUCCUGGGGAGGUGCAAGAUCCCUCUGAAGCGUGUGCUAAGCAGCAAGUUUGUGGAUGAGUGGCUACCCCUGGAAGACGUGAAAUCAGGACGUCUCCAUGUGAAACUGGAGUGCCUGCCCCCUCUACCCACCGCUGCUGAGCUGGAGCAGGUUCUGAGAGUGAACAGCUUAAUCCAGACCCCAAAGAGUGAAGAACUGUCAUCUGCCCUCCUCUCUGUCUUCCUUGACAGGGCAACUGAGUUGCCACUGCGGAAGGGAUCGAAACCCCCAAGUCCAUACGUCAGUCUCUCUGUCCGUGGCGUCGCCUAUAAGACAAAGGUCUCCCCUCAGACAGCAGAACCUGUGUGGGAUGAAGGGUUCUCCUUCCUUAUCAAGAGGCCCCAUGCGGAAUCUUUAGAGUUGCAGGUCAAGGAUGAUGGGCACAUCCUGGGCAUGCUGUCACUCCCACUGUCACAACUGCUGGCCGCAGAGGGGCUCGUCCUCGACCGCUGGUUCCAGCUCAGUAACUCUGGUCCCGCUAGCCAGGUCUUGAUGCGAGUGCAGCUUGGGCUUCUGAUUUCUCAGCACUCUGGGGUGGAGGCUUUCCAUGCUGCAGCAGGGGAUGAAAAUGAGGAGAACUCCCAGAAGGGGUCAGAGACUGAGCUGUACAUCAGAGAGGAUGGAGACUCUGGCUCCCCGCAAGAGCUGCGCCAGCGGAUCCCCCAUGCCAACAGAUCGGUUGAGUGGAGCUUUUUACCAGAAAGGGAGAGACAACGCUUGCUGUUUAUUAAUCUGGAGCUGCCAGAUGCAUCCCUGGGACAACUGCACCUCACUGUCUGGUACAACAUGGAUGCAAGGAAACUGAUUGUGAUCAUACAUGCCUGCAGAAACCUCAAGUCAAAUGCCAGGGAUGCUCCUGACCCCUACGUCUCUUUGAUCCUGCUGCCUGACAAAUCUCGUGUCACUAAGAGAAAGACUGCUGUGCGGAAGAAGACUGCGAACCCUGAGUUCAAUGAGAAGUUUGAGUGGGAUCUCACUUUGGAAGAAGCCCAGCGGAGGAAGCUGGAGGCCUAUGUUAAAAACAGUGUCUCUUUUAUGUCCCGAGGAGAGCCAAUUGGAAAGGUACACAUUGACCUCUCCCAAAAGGACCUCACCCAAGGUGCUGGCCAAUGGUAUGAUCUAAAAGAUGACAAAAGCAGCUCCUAGUUUCCCUAGUGCCUCCAUGAUCCAAGGACUUGAGUUGGCAUGAAGACCCCCACCGCUGCUGCUGCCAUCCUUCACUGCAAGAUUCCAAGCUCAUCUUCUGCCGGAUGGGCCUUUCAGUGUUUUGCUUUCUUAAGCAAUCAUAGAAUUGUGUUUCUUAAAUCUUCUUUUUCAGUGUGAAACCAAUAGGGGUGGAAAAAUAACCCGAUUGGAUUUUUGAAGGGAAGAUGGACAGAGAUCCACAUCCUGCAUUCACCUUGCAUGCUUCUCUUAGCACUGAAAACCAUAUGCUGCCUUUUAUCUUGACCAAAGAAGCAGGCCUUUUUCACCUUUCUGUUGGGGAUGCAAGCUUCGCUGUCUUGCAAGCUGAUGCUUUCAGCAGAUCAAGAUCAAGAGCUGCCUGAGCUUAUGUCAGGGCAUUAGGUGAAAAGAUACAAGGAGAACAACCUGGAGGGACCAAGUAUUUCUCCCGUGUGAUAAUGGGCAAAUGACCUCCUUUGAAACAAAGGUUUCCAAACAUGAAGAGGGCCAUAGAUGUCUUCAGAGAGGACAAGGACCAGUUAUUUAGAAAGGGAACACACGCUGGCAAAAUUGAUUAAGGUUCUGUCCUAAUUCUCCUACUAGCAGGGCUUUCAAAUGGCAUUCAGUCACCUGGAACAAGAGGAAUAAAAACUGGGGAAGUGCAGUGGCCAAGCAAUUAUUAUUUGCAAUGUUUAUAUUUUUCCCACAUUGAGCGCUGUGCAUUUAGCUGAUACUCCAAGAUGGGAGUGUCUCAUCCCAACUUUUUGCAUGUUGUUUGGUGCCUUCUUGCAUUCUAGUCUGUGAUUUGGUGUGAGGAGUGAAAGCCUCCUGUUACACCAAGUUCUAGGACAGUGUGCAUGCUGAAGUAAGGAAAUUUGGAUUCUGUGCUCCAAAUCGGAUUUACAGAACCUGUCUACCUAUAUAUAAUGACUUGCAUGGUUUGCAUUUUGAUUACUUCCAAUCUACUUUGUAUGGUGAGGAGAAAGAUAGAUACAGAAACUGUGAGGAUAUAAUGCUUCAAGGAGCAACAAAAAUCACAAGAAAUGAGAUAGCCAGAAAAGGCCUGUGCUGAUUUCCAAACAUGAACUAUAGGCAUGAUUUUCCUUAACUAGCAUGAACAAAUUUUUAAGAUGAGCUUCUGGGCUUUCCACAUAUGUAAACUAAAGAAUUUUAACUCUCCUUUUUUCACUGAACAAUCACUGUUUGCAAAUUUGCAAUGCUGUGCCCUACAGUGCCACUUUGGCAGGGAUGGCAAUUGAAUCGAUCCCUCUUCAAAAGGAAGACAACCGCACGGUCACCAUUUUUGCACCAGUCAUCCAACCAUUCUCCUCUGGUAGGGAGCACGCUCCUGACAUGAGUUGGCAGCUGCACUGGGGUUGGUUUUAUGGAGGUUUGUUUUUUGUGGUGGUGUUAUGAGAAAGAAGGUACUGUUUUAGUGAUUUAAAAAAUCAUGCUCAUAGCCCUGGGAAGGCCGAUCCCAGUGGAUGCCUCAUGGUGGCGGUUGAUUUCUUCUCCUCCUCCUGAUCUUACAAUGGGCAGGAUCUGGAGAGCAAGAAAAGGCGGGAUGUGCUCCUGGACUUCCCAGCUUAGCGCAAUAAAGCAUUUCCUUGCUGUGCUACCCGACGUUCCACAGUCGGGCCACUGAGCAAAUUCUUUUCCGACUGCCCCACACACACCCCGCCAAGUUCCCAGUCCCUCUCCAUGCAUUUCUAUUCACACCCUGUUGCUCUCACAUCUCUGAAAUAAACCUAAGAUCACUAUUUGUAAUUUAUAGAUAGAUUUUUUUUAAUGCCUUAUAUCUCUUUGUACAACCAUAGCAAAUGGAUCUGACACAACAGAUACGCCUCUCCACUGGGUCUGGUGGUGCUGCCUCCACAAGAUUGCUGGCAGUCUGCCUGUGGGGGGCUGAAUCACCUGCUGCCUUCCAUGCCAAACCAAGGUUUCAGCUUGCUGCCUUCCUCAAGCAGGCUUUACCAUGCAAGUGUGUUUCUGGCCCUUUGUGCCUCUCAUGGCCACUGCUGUAAUUUGUUGUAGCAAAUAAAGAGAAGAGGAAAAUGUGA